UCAGAAAUUUCUCAGUCCCUCAGAUUUGGGUAUCAUCAAUUCUUGUUACCAUGAACCGAAAUGUUAUCAUCCUCCUCUGCAACAUCUUGCUAGCUUUGUUUAAAGCUCAAGUGGCCCAAUCAACCACCACCGGCUGUCAAUGCCUGCAAGCUACUAAGAGUAUUCCUAGCCUAAAAUCCUUUGAGAAACUUGAGGUGAUUUUCCCCAGUGCUUCGUGUCCACGCCCUGAGAUCAUAGGCAUAAUGAAGGAUGGGAAGGAGCAAAUAUGUCUGAAUCCUGAUACCCCAACCAUGAAGAUUAUACUGAAAACCAUUAAAAAGACAAGGUCUUGAACAGCUCCUGUCCACAACUGAAGACCUAAACUCUUCCUGUUGCUGACAAGGUUUUAACCUGGAUGAAGCCAUCCUAUAUAUUCAGAAGUUAAGCCCUGACUGUUUCUAGAGUUUAAUUCUUCUAAAAAAAAAAGUAAUCACCAAUCACAAUAAUCAAUUGGCUACUUUGAAAAAAGAACCUAAUUAGCUACAGAAACUUUGGUGAUUCCUUAUUUUGUGGUGAUAUUUGAGUCAUUUUGAAUAGACGUUUACCUAACUUGGCAUUCAUGAGUUUGUUGUAUCUUCUGAAUGGGUCUGUCUAUAGGUAAGGAUCAUCAUUACCACAUGAUACUUUUAGAAAAUACACAAGCCAGAGUGUAAAGUCUCAUCAGGUAUUUAUUACUAUACUCAUUUCCAAAAAAGUUAUCUUCCUGAGUAUACUUGAUGUCCCUGCUACUGCAAAGUACUAUAUGGAAGCACAAAUCUUAAAGAACU